AAUAAGAUGUGAGGAAGUUAAAUAUUCAUUUAACGCAGUUCUUUAACAAAAAUCAUUUCGAAAAUUUUGCUGUACCAAAUCUUAAAAACUUAUAUCAAAAUUGACAUCAUGGCAACAACUGUACGCUACACUAAAAGUUCGGGUGUCGUUACACCUACCAUAAAGCUUAACGAGCUGGAAGCAAACGAAGGAGACUAUGAUAUAAUAAAACGCGGUGGUGAUAUGGAGGAAAACUAUCAAAAUGUGAAAACGGAGAGAAAAACAAACAGUGAUAAAACAGGAGUUGAAAAGGAAAAACGAGACAAAACAAAGAUUGUGAUAGCUUUGCUAGGUUGUAUUGUGUCCGGUUUGGUAGUGGCAGUCGUGUUAUCGAAUUUGGUUCUAUUUUCCAUACUUCAGAAAUUUGUCACAAAUGGUAAAUGGACGAGUUGGGGUGAUUGGGGAGCAUGCAGUGUAACGUGCGGAAUUGGAAUAACUACUAGAAUACGGACAUGUUCAAACCCAAGACCUUCGACAAUGGGACAAUAUUGUGAGGGUACCUCGGAUCAAGUGCAAAUAUGUGGUAAUAGUUCUUGUUCAGUCACAGAUGGCGGCUGGACGGAUUGGGAAGAUUGGGGAGCAUGCAGUGUAGCAUGUGGUACUGGCUUUACUACUCGGAUACGGACUUGCUCCAAUCCACGACCAUCGAUUAUGGGACGAUAUUGUGACGGUACUUUUUUGCAAGUGCUAUCCUGUAAGAAUACGUCGUGUUCAGUCACAGAUGGCGGCUGGACGGAUUUGGAAGAUUGGCGAGCAUGCAGUGUAACAUGUGGAACUGGCUUUACUACUCGGAUACGGACUUGCUCCAAUCCACGACCAUCGAUUAUGGGACGAUAUUGUUACGGUACUUCUUUGCAAGUACAAUCCUGUAAGAAUACGUCGUGUUCAGUCACAGAUGGCAGCUGGACGGAUUGGGAAGAUUGGGGAGCAUGCAGUGUAACAUGUGGAACUGGCUUUACUACUCGGAUACGGACUUGCUCCAAUCCACGACCAUCGAUUAUGGGACGAUAUUGUGACGGUACCUCUUUGCAAGUGCAAUCCUGUAAGAAUACGUCGUGUUCAGUCACAGAUGGCGGCUGGACAGAUUGGGAAGAUUGGGGAGCAUGCAGUGUAACAUGUGGAACUGGCUUUACUACUCGAAUAUGGACUUGUUCAAACCCCAGAACAUCGAUUAUGGGACGAUAUUGUGACGGAACCUCUGUGCAAGUGCAAUCCUGUAAAAAUUCGUCGUGUUCAGGUGAGAGUGUUGGCUUUACUGUGCACUGGCCAUAUGCAAAUUCUGGAGGAAAUCCACUGACAUUCAAAACAGCACUUUAUAAUAACAACGAUGUAUUUAACAUGACGUCGGGUGAAUUUGUCUGCCAGAGAGAAGGACCCUACUUAUUUAUAAGCGUUCUUCUAAGAACAGAUAACACCAGUAGUUAUAUAUCUUGCAAUUUUUAUAAGAAUAACGACAAGUCUAUCGCGUAUGGUAGUUUCGCUAGUAGUAACAGCUUAGUUAGCAACCCAUCCAGUUCGAGUUCAAUUUUGUAUCAUUUAAAGCCAGGUGAUCGUGUUUAUCUGGGUUCAUGCAAGGGCAUGCAAUAUAUGGCUAAUGGUUCAGGCUUUACAGGUCUUCUUAUUAAUCCUAUGCAUUGAAAUGACUUGACGCUGCUGAUGAAUUAACAUUUCACAAAAAUUAAGUUAUUUGCUGAUAAGACUAUUCACAGUAACCGUUUCAGCAUCACUGUCAUGAAUCACAUGAACAAAAUAAUCUCCAAAACAAAAUAGAAAAGAUAAUAGAAAAUUUUCAAGCAAGUUUUGAUGACGUAGAGAUUUUCUAAAACUACUUAAAUUUAAUUCACAAUAACCUUCUGAUUAUCUGAAACACGUGAAAGAACUGAGACAUCUUAUCAGCAUGUUUGUAAUUACAAGAAAUCUAUUAUUUAUGGAAAUUACAUAACAGAGAUUAUUUUGAACUUGAGAUUCAUCACACUGAACAUGUAUAAUAAUAGUGCUAACUGUUAUUGCUGACAAAUGAAAUCAAAGCAAGGCGAACUUAGAACUUUUGAAAAUGUCAUGUUGACAGACAAAGUCACCCAUCAUUAACCCUUACUUUGCUAUUUUUUAUAAACUAGUCAAUCUUUCAUUUUGAACAGUACCAUUAACUGUUAAAAGAGGUUUUUAUCACAAAAGAUACUGACUGAAUGGCGAACAGUGCAGAUAUUGAUCAGACUGCACGGGUAUGCAGGCAGAUCAUGAUUUACACUGGUCGCAAAGGCAGAAAUAAUCGUGUUCAGCAUGUUAAGGGUUAAUUAAUGUACUUUCCCUAUCUUCACACAUUUUAGUAAGAAAUCAUGAUACCAUAACUGGCUUCAUAACUGGCUUCAUAUGGUCAAUAAAAUCCUUUAAACAAGAGGGUCAUGAUGACCCUGGACCGCUCACCUGAGUAAUAUGAACUACAUGUUUCAAAUGUCAAACUGAUGAUAAAAUAUCAAGAAAGUCAGUAGGUCACAUUCAUGGUCAAUGAAAUUCAGUUUACGAUUUGUGUGCAAAACUGCAUAAGUCAUCAAAAUUUCAAGGCUGUAUCUUAAACAACAAGAAAGUAGGUCAGUAAGUCAAGGUCACAGUCAAGUGACAUCAUAUUACUUGGGGUCAUCAGGUAAUAUAAUUAAACAGUCUUGGAAAUAGGAUCAGAUGAUUGUUUAAAUAUUAAGUAUUUUCGUAUAUAACUCACAUAAUAAAUAAGUGACCCCAGGGCGGGGCCUCUUUUAACCCCAGGGGCAUAAUUUGAACAAUUUUGGUAGAGGAUUACUAGACAAUGCAUAAUACCAAAUAUCAAAAGCCUAAGUAGUAUGGAUUCAGACAAGAAGAUUUUUAAAGCUUUUAUUUCCCUAUAUAAGUCUAUAUAAAACUUAGCACCCCCAGGUCAGGGUUUCUUUUCAUCCCAGGGUUACAAUUUGAAAAAUCUUUGUUGAGGACCAUAAGACAAUGCUACAAACCAAAUAUCAAAGGUCUAAGUGUUGUGGUUUCAGACAAAAAGAUUUUUAAACUUUUUUUCCUAUAUAAGUCUAUUUAAAACUUGGGACCCCCGGGGCGGGACCAUAUUUGACUCUAGGGGGAUAGUUUGAACAAUCUUGGUAGAGGACCACUAGAUGAUGCUAUAUAUUAUAUACCAAAGCCCUAGGCCAUGUGGUUUUGUAAAAGAAGAUUUUCAAAGUUUUCCUUUCGGUUGCCAUGGCAACCAGAGUUUUGCAUGGAAUUCAAUUCGUUGAGCAAUUUUGAAAGGGGCUACCCAGGGAUCAUUCCUGUGAAGUUUGGUGUAAUUCUGCCCAGUGGUUUUCAAGAAAAGUUUUUUUAGAAAAUGUUGACGGACACACGACGCACGACGGACGACGGACAUUGAGCGGUCACAAAAGCUUACCAUGAGCCUUUGGCUCAGGAGAGCUAAAAACCGAAAAUGACAAUUAGAAAUUCGAUUGUUUAUUAAUAUGUGAAAUAAGAAAGUAAAUGAAUUAUCAUAUUGUAACCAAUUGGAGAUGUUGAUAAAACCUGUUAUUCUGUCAAUACCAAUACUUGUUUUCAUUAUCUCUGUUGUUCAUGUGUUUACCAACUUAUAUCUUGUAUAAAGCUAGAGAAACCAGUUAAAAUGAAUAUAAAAUAUGUAUACUAAUAAAAUGUGCU